AAUGCAGUACUGGCUUGAGCAGUACUCUGUAUUUUGAAUGACUGAGGCUUACUGUUUUGUUUUGUAUUUCUUUUUUUCGUGGUUGAGAUUGGUAUACACCCACACGAUUUUUUAAAUGUAUUUAAUAUAACCUUUAUUUAACUAGGCAAGUCAGUUUGAAAGAUUUGUAGAUUUUUUCUCUCCAAUUUUUCCCCCAAUCCAGUAGUAGGCGGCAAUACACCUUUUUUGUCUGGAUGUAGUCCACCCUAAAACCCCACCAAAUAAGAAUUAAACGGAAGUAAAUAAUGACCAAGACAAAUAUACACGUUAGCGUUUUUAUUGUUGUUAUUUAGACAUGUAUUAACAUCCUGGAACUCAAAAUAUGACUACCUUCACAGCAUCACAUACUUACCCCAGGUAGUGUUUAAUUCGCUUUGGAGACAGAACUUGGUUGAUAGAUGUUUGUUAUCUAGUUAACGUUAACUCCUCGCUAGCUAGCUGCUAACAAUGGCUAAUUUUAACGGUGUGGUUUUUCACACUCAAAUAGCCUCCAUUAUGGAGGUUCUAGCGAAUGCAGCCGUGGCAGAGAUCUGUAAACUCGUAGACGACGACUAUGCAGUGUUUCGUUUGGAAAUGUCUCAAAGCCAAAAACAAAACAGGGCGUUGCGGAGGAAACUACAGCUACUGGAACGGGAGCGCGUCCUCGCCAGUCGUCCCAGUAGUGGCAAGAUCAUCGAUCGAUACAGAGGAAUGGCAAGAGGUGAAGGACAUCUCACUGGAGGUCACAGGAAGCCAGUGGGACACAAUACAUGGAGAGAUGACCAACCAAUCCCUGUUAAUGAGGGGAGUGGAACCUCAACCCAGCACAUUAUCAGGAUAGAGCCAGCAGAUGCAGAGACUGCAGGUCCUGGGGUCAAGCAGGAGAGGUCUGAAGGAGAGGAGGACCCACAGCACAGCAGAGACAUCCAGAAUGGAGCGGCAGGAGAACCCCCUAUAGCCACGGAGGACCACUCCAACUUCCCAGCGCAGCCCAGGAUCCGACGCAGCAUCACGGAGGUCAAUGGAACGCUGAACACUGUCCUCAAGUCAGAGACCGACACCAAGAUUUUACUUGUAACACACAGGCUCUUACACCCAGGAUCUGAUCGCAGAUCAGACCCAGAGAGAUUGGGGCCAGGGAGACUGGGCUGUCCUCCUGCUACUGGGUCAGAGUAUUUACCGGUAUUUCACCAGAACCAGAGGAUGGGUCAUUCCCGUGGAGAUGGUGACACGUUAGACACUGGUGGUGAUGAUCUGUCUUGUUCUUACACUACAGAGAUGGACCCUGGCAACAUAUCCUUGGGUUUAGAGACACAGACUGAUCUGUCUAGAGGGGACUGGAUCCAGUACAGUAGUAGUAUAUACUCUGAAGGGUGCCUAGAUAAGAAAGGGGAGGAUCUGGUCGUAGAUGAAGUAACUGUGAAAGUGGAGGGCGACAUUCCUCCCACAUGGAAUGCAGAUAGUCACCUAGGAGAUGGACACUCACAGGGCAGAGAUUUCUUAGAUUACAGGGAAAGUAUAGAGACAAAUGUUAAUGUCGCGACCCACUCCCAUUUACACGCGUUCAGGGAUUGUGACCUACUCUCCACAUCGAUAGGACCUUCAGAUUCACACACAAGCAUCCUUUUCGAUCAGGAAUUGAACUCAAACGACAGGGCUAGAGCCCAGGCUCAGGGAGGGCGAGUCACAUCAGGCAAUAGUAAAGAGAAACGGUUCCUCUGCAUGUUCUGUAACAAAGGCUUCAGCUGCCCCCAGAAGGUGGAGAUCCACCAGAGGGUCCACACAGGGGAGAAGCCCUUCAGCUGUACCAAGUGUCACAUGCGCUUCACCGAGGCUGGCAACUUGAAGAGGCACCAGAGAGUCCACACGGGGGAAAAACCCUUCAGCUGUACCCAGUGUCACAUGCGCUUCGCCCAGGCUGGAGACCUGAAGAGGCACCAGAGGGUCCACACAGGGGAGAAACCCUACAGCUGCCCCCAGUGUGAGAAGAGGUUCUCCCAACAGCAGCAGCUGAAGAUGCACCUGAAGGUCCACGUGUGAGAAAGGCCUUUCACCUGUACGCACUGUGGGAAGAGGUUCUCAGAGAGGAGCUACCUCAGGAUACACCAGCAGAAAAAACAUUCUACUCCAUAACUUAGAAAGUAACCAUUCCGCUCAAUAGCUUAUGAUGUUUAGAUCAAAACCUGCAUUAGACUCAGUGAGAAAGUAGAUGCACAAAGUAAACAGCAGGAGUGGGUCAAUUUCUACAACUGUGUUGAAGUGCAAGUUCCAUUGUGGAAUACAUAAGGCAUAUACUGUAUGAGCCUAAAGUCUGUUACAUAUUGUGUUUGUACUGUGUACGCUAUACGUUCACAAAUGCCUGUUUCAUACUACUUUAAUGAGAAAGUGAAUGCAGUUGAUCAAGUUCAGGCAGAUUUUUAGUUGAGACCUGUAUGUGUGGUUUUCAUAUGGUGUAUUUAACACUUUUUUUAACUGUUUAAUAAACACAAAACGUUUUUUUUUU